AUGACCGCUCCAGCUACCCCCUUACACCCCAUCACCGUCACCAAGCCCGCUUCCACUCCCACUCAGCCCGCUUCGGCCUCCUCCCCCUCCCCCUCCGCAGCCGCUCGUCAUCCUACCGCUGCUCACUCGCACAGCGCCAGGAUGGACGCCGUCACCACCGCUGCUGCCAUGGGCACGCUUCCCGCCGCCAACGGCCUUCCGGACGAUCCCAUCCAAGCCUCCACCGUCUCGCGCCUCUUUCCUCAUCCGCCCGCUCCGGAUUCCACGUCAUCCUCGACACCGGCGCCUUUCACAGCCACCUCCGCCUCCGACUCUGUUCCUGUAUCGCCGCAUCCAACUUCGCCGCCGCGCACUCCGGCUGCUCCUCUCAGCAUGCGCUCCGCCGCUUCGCCUUCCUCGCUUCUGGCCUCGCCCGCAUCCGAGCGCGCCAAUCCAAUGUCACAUGCCGGCGUGCAUCCUGCCCAGCUGGUGCACAGCCUCCACCACCACCAGCAUCACCACCACCAUCUCUUUGCCUCGUCUGACGCUUUGCCAGUCCAGACUCACUCUAGCACUACCGGCUUGCGCUCUCCUGUUCGUGUUCGACAGCACGGCGCCGCUUCGCCCGUCGGCACCACUGGCACUUCUCCGCCCGGCUUGAGCGCAGCGCAUGCUGUGCCAUGGCAGCACACCGACCUGCACGCUACCAGCACGCCCCACAGCCCCAGCAUCUUUGAGAGGGACAUUGAACAUCGCGACGCCAGCCAUAUUAUGACCAAGCAAGAGGCCAUGGACGUCGCCAUCCCCAGCGUGCUUGACGACGCUGCCGAAGCCAUCAUCGAAGAUCAUGCCCAAAUCGAAGUCGUCACACCACAAAACCCUGCCCCGCCACUCGCGCUCAGUUCGGCCGCGCUCUCGGUCCACAGUAGUACAAGCCCCUCUUCGUUCGGCCUCGCGUCGUCACCUUCACCUCCACUCUCUGCCUCUGGCGCUCUCGAUACCGCUCCGCCUGGCACCAUGGCAGCGCAGAUUGCGGAAAAGCUCGCACCUCGUGCCACUACGCUCGAUGACGCCAACACUACGCCUCGACGCUCUGUGGCAGUUGCUGCUCGUCGUCCUGGCUCAGAUGCCGACAGCGCAGCCCACUCGAUGCGAUCGCGUUCGCCACGCGAUCUUGCCGAUGGUGGCAGUCCUGUGCGAUCGCAUGGCUCUGCCUCGCCAGUCGCACCCGGCUUGCCGCCAGUCUCGCUGGUAGCUGCUGUCUCGCAAACGCACACUACCACGCCGCUUCCGGCUCCCGCUGCGGCCAGCUCUGGUAUGCCUACCGCCACCGCGUUCCCAUCACUUCCGCUGCCCAACCCGUUCCGCUCGAGCUCUCCCAACCUCUCGGCCAUGGCGAUCCCAUCGCUCACCACGGGCGCCGACGCAGGUCGUCCGGCUACUUCAAGUGUCAGCAUCGAUGGUGCCAUCAUCUCUGGCACCGAGGUGGCUACACUCGAUCACAGCCUAGACACGAUUGCCGAUGUGCUCGCGGCGCACGAUGCCGAGCAAGCAGCCAGUCCAUACGUGCCACGAUCGCCCGCGCCACCGGCUGUGUCCGGUACCAGCAGUCCGCUCGUGGAAAAGAGCCGAAACGUCGGCGGUUCGAUGAUCCGACAGCCUCAGCAGCACCCGGGCAUGGGCGCUGCAGCCAACGCCAACCGAGCUCCGCCUCCGGGCACGCUCGGGCUGACUGCAAGUGCGAGUGGAUUGGGCGUGUUCAACACGGGCGAGUCGCUCUUCCAGGCGCUUGCGUCUGGUUCGCCGUCGCCUUCAGCGGAUAAGCGGCGACUGUCGUUUUUCUCGUAUGCGGAUAUUCUCAACGAGAACAAGGGUGAGGUGAUGGACUUGCAAGGUGUGGUUCGGCAUGCGGCGGAACGGGAUGAGCAGCAGCAUGGAUUGUUUCACGCGCAACCGCAAUCGCAAUCGCAAUCGCAAUCGCAGUCACAGCAUGCUUACGGUGUAGAUGCGGGUACAUACGAGCCGUUUACGUCGCAGCCGUCGAUUAUGCAGCAGCUGGGUGGUGCAGGUAUGGCGCGCUCCGUGAGUACGAGUGCAGCCGCAAGUCCGCGUAUCGGUUCAAUUGCGGCUGGCCCGAGAUCUAGCGGUGCAGCCACUUCAAAUAUCAGCACCGUCUCUGGCGCCUAUACUCCCGCGCGUGGUCGUCGCGAUUUGCUCGAGAACAAAGCGCUCACAAAUCGUCUAGACAGCUUGAAUCUCGCUUCAUCUACCACGCACCAACCAAACAUUCGCAAAGCUGCCUAA